AAUAUUGGGCGGUGCGAAUGACGUCAGAGAUCAAUGACAAAUCCCUACGCAGCAGAGCGCCAAAUUUCUCACAGCGUAGAAAACAUGGCGGAGAAAGACGCAGAACUUGGAUUCAAAAAGGAGACAGUAAGCAAACUCUUGUCAAGUUCCUUCAAGGAGGACAAAACCAGAUUAAGUGGUGAUGCUGCGCUGCUCAUGGCAGAGUUGCUAAAAGUAUUUGUCCAAGAGGCUGCUGUGAGAUCACAAAAACAAGCUGAGUCUGAGGACUGCGACCAAGUAGACAUCGAGCACUUUGAAAAGAUCCUGCCUCAGCUGCUGCUGGACUUCUAGCACAGUGAUGCCACAAGAUGGAGCCAGAGUGUUGCCUGUGCGUUCCUGCUUUAAUCCUACAACUUCAAUUCCAACAUGUUUAUUUUUUCUGUAUAACUGCAAUUUCAUAAUCACUCAAAUUUGAGAUUACAUUAAGAUUCUCAUUCUGUAUGUAUUUGAGUUGUGUGAUUUAAAGUAGAAAUCAGUGGUGCUGUCCACAUGCCUCCAUGCCACCACCAAUAAGGCCCACCUGUGCUCCUCCGUGCAACAACAGGUGCUUCCAGCAUGCUCCAUAGUGCCCUUCAUCAAAGCCUCCUGGAGCAGUUGGAAGCAAUUAGAGUAAUAAGGGGAGCAGCCAGUCCCUUAGAUGAUGACAAGUGCCAGGAAAAAAGGAGUAACCCCUCUGGCCACUUUGAAGUUCCCUCUUGCUGUCCUGCGAUGUUUAGUUAGAGGUGGGGGGAAGGGCAAAGGGGACCUCUGGCACAGGGGGAAAGUUGAAUGGGAGUGUGCGUGCACGAAUGUGUGCACGUGUUAGCCAAACAAGGCCAGAGACCACACGCAUAGAUAUUCUGUUUGAAAGGGACCAUAACAAAACACCUUGGAACAUGGUCCAAGAAGAGCAGGGUGUAAUUCUGAAGGUAAAUAAACAAAAGAGGCGAGUAGUAGAGGUGCUUUCUCUCCUUUCAUCACAGCAGAGGAGGUAAUGUGGGGUUUUCUAACCCAAGUGCCUCAGAUGGUUUUCCACCAGUGGUGUAUUUGACCAACAUGUCUUCACCAUGAGUCAGCAUAGCUUUACAACACCUUACACUAUUUAUUUGUUUGGCUCUUGAGUGACUCACUACACUUACAAUUGCUGCUCACAUAGAGCUGGAAGCAACUUAGGCUAAAGUCAAGAGUCCAGGCUCAGAUAGGUGCGGCACAUUUUCAGUAGGGCCCAGACUGGAUUUGUGUUUCCCAGGAGAAACUUCCACAGCAGGCCUUCAGGAGAAGGUGUGUUUGGGUUGGUUGAAGAUUAUUGUAGUGAUGCCGUGACCAUUAUUGCCAAAACAUAACUUUGUGAAGUAAAUCGUUUGUUGGGUUUAUAAACAGUCAUUCGCAGCAGCAAGUCCUGCCCCUUAGUUCUGAGUAGUAAACUGCAGAUCCACCGCUUUGACAACCUGUUCACUCAGAUGAGAUGAUUUUAUUACCAGAUAUGACACCAAAUAAUCUUGC